AUGUCAUUCAAUGUCGAGAGAGAGAAACUACCUCUGCUUGAGAACAAUGUUCCCGAGAAAAUGCAGAAGCAGUCGCAAGAGCUCUUAGAAAUCCUAGCUGGCCUGUUGAAGGAGGAGCAAGGUCCUUGGCUCUGGGGCUUAACAGAACCUACAGCCCUUGACGCCCACCUGGUUGCAUUCAUCGCGCGACUCCAGGACCUUGGCCGAGGGCAAGUCGUACCUCCGGGCCUGAAGCUCUACGCAGAGUCCGCGAAGAAUGGGCCUGAGUGGAAGAAUGUCAUGCAGGGUCGACGGACCUUCCCGCAAAUUGUGGAUUAG